UGCUGGGUAUAUGACGCGUGGGUGGUUUUUUUUUUUAAAGAGCUUGGGUUCCUGCCCGGCUUGGGGCUGGCUGGCUGGAGCUUGUUUUUGUCGCGUGGUUUUCUUGUGGAAAGCUUUGGAAAGCUUGCUUUGGGUUUUGGAACCUUGUGGGAUUUGCCUGUGGGUAAUUGACCGCGUGGAUUAUUGGGUUCAAUUAGAGCUAUUGACCGCGCAACUACAGUAAAGCACUGAGCUUUCUCUAAGCGUCCACGGAACCGCCAUGAAGUCCUUACCAACGCGACUCGCUGCCGGGCUGCUAGCUGUAGGCUCCACAGCCCAGUUCGUCCCCGCUCCGACCGACCUCAUCGACAAAGAAGGCUACGCGGGCAUCCACGUCCGGUACAAAGAAGUUCCAGCGGGCAUCUGCGAGCUAGACCCGAAUGUCAAGAGCUACUCAGGCUACGCGGAUGUAGCCCCAGACCAGCACAUCUUCUGGUGGUUCUUCGAGGCGCGGAACCAGGACCCCACAGACGCGCCGUUGACGAUAUGGAUCAACGGCGGCCCAGGCUCUUCGUCCAUGAUUGGGUUGUUUCAGGAACUGGGACCGUGUGGUGUGGGUCCGGAUUUGAAGCCUUUUGAUAAUCCGUACUCGUGGUCGAAUGCUAGUAACAUGCUAUUCAUCGACGAGCCUACUACUGUCGGCCUCUCUUACUCCAUCCCCAUCCCCGGCUACCAAGAUGAUAGCGGCUACAUCAUCCAGCUGCCCGACGACAGCAGCUGCCCCGACUACGCUGCCGGCUACGGCACGUGCGGCACGUACUCGAAGCCGGAUCUUACGCUGACGGCGAACACGACCGAGGGCGCGGCGCCCAAUAUGUGGAGGACGCUGCAGGGCUUCAUGGGCGCGUUUCCGCAGUAUGCGAGGAGCGGAGUUAGUUUCGCGACUGAGUCGUACGGGGGCCACUACGCGCCCGUUUUUAACGCGUAUUUUCUAGAGAUGAAUCGGAUGGGAAAGGGGCAUCAUAUCGACUUAGAGAACGUGCUCAUCGGGAACGGGUGGUUCGAUCCGCUUGUGCAGUACCAGGCGUAUUACAACUUCUCCGUCUAUCCCGGCAACACGUACGACUACGACCCGUACAACGACACCGUCAAAGCUGAAUGGUAUAAUAACCUCUACGGGGCCGGAAACUGCGUCGAUAUGACCAAGCAAUGCUAUGCUACUGGCCGCAACGACGUCUGCUCGCGCGCGGACAACUUCUGCUACGAGAAGGUCGAGUAUCUGUACGACAAGUACUCCGGGCGCGACGAGUACGACAUGCGCGAGCUGACGCCCGAUCCGUUUCCGUACAGCUACUUUGAGCAGUAUUUGAACCUGCCCGAGGUGCAGAGGGCGGUGGGCGCGUACCAGAACUACUCGAGCAGCAGUUCGACGACGAGCAGUGCGUUUGGGAAUACCGGGGACGAUGAUAGAGAGAGCGGGACGAUCGAGGCGUGUCGGACGCUGCUCAGGGCGGGGGUGCAGGUCAUGCUGUACUAUGGCGAUGCCGACUACAACUGCAACUGGCUCGGCGGGCAAGUCGUCGCGGACGAAAUCGCCGCCCCCGGCUACGCUUCCGCAGGCUUCGUCAACAUCACGACAUCCGACGCCAUCGUCCACGGCCAGGUGAAGCAAGCCGGCCUCUUCUCCUUCCUACGCAUCUACGAGAGCGGCCACGAAGUCCCCUUCUACCAGCCCCUCGCGUCGCUCGAGAUCUUCGAGCGCGCGCUCGCCCAGACGGAUAUCGCGACGGGGAAGAAGAGUGUCAGGCAGCACCGGGGGUAUAAGACGGUGGGCACGCCGACGAGUACGUACCGCGAGGGCAAUGGCACUGUCCAGAUGGAUGUUUUGCCGGGGAAUGCUACGUAUAAUACGAUGCUUAAUGCGCCGGAUCCGGAGCCGACGUGGCCUGCUUCGGCGAGUGAGGAGAGGAGGGGCAGUGUGAAGAAGAGGUCGUUGGGGAAGCUUGGGCGGCCGAGGAGGUCCAGGGGAGGAAAACGGCCGGCUUGA